AUGGCGGCCACAGUCUUCGAGGCAGUUGCCCAGACCCUCGUGGGCGCUCAGAUCGAGAUCGCAGUUUUCAUUGCCGCUGUCUUGGCCCACGUGUUCCUCUUCAAGAAGCAGCCCACGCAGCCCCAGGCGCGCAAGGGCAAGCAUCUCAAGCAGGCCGAGGCCGCGCCCAGGACAGGCAAGGAUGCUGAUGCGGCCAGCCGCGCUGCGCCGAAGGUGAAGCCCAUGCUGCAGGCAGCGCUCGCCGCGCCGGACUUGAAGGACGCUGUGCGCCACCUUGCGGCUAUCCCGGAAGUUCGCCGAGGCGCGGGCGAUCUGGUAACCUUCGCGAUCACCGGCGCGCUCCAGCAGCUCUCGGUGCGGGCGAUCUCGCAGUGUUCGGUCCCGUUGCUGCUCGAGGAGCUCCACGCCCACAGGGCGUUCAACUCGUGGUCCCUCGAGGUGGUUCUCGUGGAAUGCACGCGCCAGGGCCACAAAGCCGGACUCGAAGCCGCCGUGCAGUUGAGCCGCAGCACCAGCACGCAGAUCACGGCCACGGGGUACGCGGCGCUCGUGCGGGGAGCCGCCGCCAGCGGAGAAGUGCUGAGUUGGUUCCAGGAGGCCGGCGCGAAGGGCCUGGAAAUCGACACCGCCACCCGCGUGGUGAUUCUGAAGCGGCUGGGCAGCGAUGGCCGGUUGGAGGAAAUGCUCGGCGUCCUUGAGUCUUGCGCCAUGAAGCCGGGUUGCCUGUACAACGCGGUGAUCGACGCAUUCGUGGGGGUCAAGGACAUGAAGACCGCACAGCGUCUGGCGGCGGAGGCCCUUCAGGCUGGGGUCGCCGACGUCAUUACCUCCAACACGAUCAUCAAGGCGCACCUCCACAACGGCAGCGUGUCGAAGGCCCGCACCGCCCUGGCCGAGAUGCGGGCCAUGGGCUUGGAGCCCAACGUUGUGACCUACAACGAGUUUCUGGACGCCGCCGUGGGGAGCACGGGAGGGCUCCCAUGGGCCAUCAUCGACGAGAUGCUCGAGUGCGGGCUGAAGCCCAACGCGGUCACCUGCUCCAUCCUGCUCAAGACUGUGACGAAGAGCUGCAGUGCUGCCGAUAUCCAGCGCAUUGCCAGCCUGCUGGAGUCCCUGGAGCAGAGCGAGAUGGACGAAGUGCUGCUCAGCUCGGCCUGCGAGGCGGGCAUCCGCUCCAACCAGGUGGAGUUCUUGAGGCGCCAGCUGCAGUCGCGCCGCUCCUCCCAGCGUGUGACCGUCAAGGGGGCGCCCGCCUUCGGCAGCAUCAUCCGCGCGUACGGGUUCAUCGGGGACAUUGAGGGCGUCUGGGAAACCUGGCGCGAGAUGCGCGCCCGUCGCGUCCUGCCCACGAGCAUCACCCUGGGCUGCAUGGUCGAGGCAGUGGUGAGCAACGCGGGCCCCGAGGUUGGCUACAAGAUGAUCCAGGAGGCUGCCAGCGACGAUGAGACCCGGCCGCUGCUGAACGCCAUCAUCUACUGCUCGGUGAUGAAGGGGUUCUCGCAUCAGAAGAAAUUUGAUCGCAUGUGGGAGGUCUACCAGGAGGUGCUGGGCGGAGAGCACAAGUGCUCGAUCGUGACGUACAACACCCUUGUGGACGCUUGCGCCCGCUGCAGCGAGAUGGCCAGGGUACCCGAGCUGCUUCAGCACAUGGACCGCCAGGGUAUCAAGCCGAACGUUGCCACCUACGGUGCCAUCAUCAAGGGCUACGUACAGGAGAACAAGCUGGAUCAGGCGAUGGCGCUGUUGAGAGACAUGAAGAAGAGCACUUCUCUCAGCCCUGACGAGAUCGCCUACAACACGGUGCUGGACGGCUACGCGCGUAACGGCGCCUUCGACAAGGGCCUGGAGAUCCUGCAGGAGAUGGAAUCUACCGGCGUCACGCCCACCAAUUUCACGCUGUCUGUACUGGUGAAGCUCUGCAACCGCGCCCGGCGCCUUGAGAGCGCGUUCGAGCUGUCUCAGGCCGUUUCCCAGAGGCACGGCAUCCGCCUGAACAUCCACGUCUACAACAACUUGAUGUUCGCCUGCGUGGGCCACGCGCAGUUGCCGCGCGCCCUGCAGGUUCUCAGCCGCGCGGUGGCAGAGAAGAACCGUCCCGACGCGCGCACCUACACGAUCCUGUUGCGCGGUUGCGUCUCGGCGAAGCAGCCCGACGACGCCGCCGGGCUCCUCCGGGCAGCCUACGGUCUUCGCGGCGCGCACGAGGCCUUCGCCCCCGCUGCCCACACUGCGAAGCUGCAGGGUGGGCUCCCCUCGGAGCUCAUCGCCGAGGCGCUCGAAGGCAUCGCGCGCAUCUCCUGGGAGAGGCGGGACCUGGCCGUGCAGCUGCUGCGCGAGCUGCAGAGCUCUGCCGCGGUCAGGGCGGCGAGCAGCGGCGCGCCGUGCCCCGACCUGCGCCUGGCCGCGUACACCGCGGGGGCGGUGGUGGACCUGUGCUUCACGCCGCAGGCGGCGCACCUGGUCGUGGCCGGCAGCGACCGCACCAUCUCCGCCUACCGCCUGCCGCUCCAGCGCGGCCGAGCCGGACCCGACGCCGGGCCGCCCAGGCCGCUCGGGCUCGGCGGCCACAGGGCGGACGUCGUCGCCAUCUGCCCCUCGUACACGGACUCCCACUCGACCGGGGCCGGCGGCCACUCGAUGCUGCUCUCGGCCGGGGCGGACAGGACGGCCCGACUCUGGGCGUUGGGCGGCGCGCGCGCGGGGGCGGAGCUGCUGUGCAUGGACCGGCUGCGCACCAACACGAAGCCCGCCCACACGGAGGAGAACCCGCCGCUGGAGCAGGUGCAGGACGCGCAGUUCCUGUGCCUGGACGGCGCCAUCGCCCUGGCGACCGGCUCGCGCCUGGGCGUCUACAGGUACGAGCUGCACACGCAGGACUCGGGCGAUGACAUCAAGCGGUUGCAGCGGCUGGGCUCUUACAAGUGCUGCGGAGUCCUGUCGUUGCCACGGGAGCCGUCGGGAGGGGGGCUCAGGGACGCGGUCGCAGGGGAGGAAGCUUCGGACCGGCUGCGCGCCAAGGAUGCAGACCGAGAGCGCUACCAAGACAUCCGAGGUCAGAGCCGCAGCGAGAAGGAGGUCUUGCCGAUCGGACAGCGGUUGGUGAUCUGA